GAUGCAGAAUUACGGCCGCGUAUUACCUUCAGAGUAUACUUACCGCAGCCGACCGACCUGCCGAGCCGAGACCAUACUUACCCGAAGCACCUGUUACGCCCAUCUACCUAACCUUGGGUGGGGAUUAGUGUCCACACGAUCCCAAGGGUGCAAGCCCAUGCGAGUGUCCUACAACGUUCCCAGGCACUCCUAACCCGAAUAGCCCGCCCGCUGAUCGUAGCCGAACUCACCUACAAGCAAAGGGCGAAACGUUGAGGCACAGGCGAAGGAUUGCACAGGUCAGUGUCAGCGGCGAGGAGGAAUGGCUGGCGAGGGCGGCGAGUCAGGACAAAAACUAAGACACACAGCCCAGCCCAGCCCCAGCCCCAAGAAAGAGUUAGUAGUGAAAGAAAGAGAAAGAGGGCCAAGGCGCUGUGUACGCGACCCGCAUGGAGCGCCACAAAAACAGGGCGUCCAACCUGCUGCUGCCGCCGGGCCCGCAGCUGCAGAUGCGCCGGGCCACCCCGGCGGACCACGAGGCGCUGGUGGAGGCGGCACUCAAGUGCAUGUGGGUCCGCAGCGAGCACGUGGCGGAGCUGCAGGCGUUCCUGCGUUCCCUGAUGAUCCGGGCCGUGAGCUCCUGCGGCGUGGUGGGCUUCUUCCUGCUGCCCAUGUGGCUGGUGACCUGCACGGUGGUGUCGGAAACGCCGGAGCGCAACGACAAGGCCAAGGCGGGCGGCGCCCAGAGCGUCAUUGCCAACGAGGUGAGUCCGCGCCUGCACUGCACCCUGGACGAGCUGAUGGACAAGCUGGUGGAGCUGCACUUCGUCGAGCCGCAGCCGGACUGGGCCACGCGCCCGGGACUGCCCGCAGACCUGGUCAGCUGGGUCAUGCGCGCCGUCACCCAGGUGCUCGUGAUCGCGCUGGUCAUGGACAGCGCGGGCGUGCUGCACCUCGACCUUGAGCACUCGCCGCCGCCGCCGCCCAGCUGCAGAAGCAGCCCAAGGCAGUCGGCAAGCCCGCGGCAAAGGCCGCAGCCGGCACCAGGCCAUGUGCUGGCAUGCGGAGGCCCGCUGCCGCCGGCUCCUCCAUCCUCCGCGCCUGCACCUGCACCUGCGCCUGCGGUCGCAGUGGCUGCCGCGCAGGCUGCCGUGGCCGACGCAGCCAGCAAGCAGCGCGAGGCGGCUGAGCAGGCCCAGGCCGCCGCGGCCGCUGCCGUGCAGGCCCAGCAGCGCGCCCAAGAGAAGGCGAGCCGGCUGUUGCCGCAAGCAGUCCAGGGCAUCGCCCUGGUGGACGCCGUGGCGGUCACCUGCGCGUUCGGGCCCAAGAGCCUUGACCGCGACGUGAUGCUGCAAUUCUCCUCCGCCAAGCCACAGCCGCGCCCGUCCGUCAGCACGCGGUCGCAGGUCAAGGCGGCGCAGCAGCGCGCCGCUGCCGUGCCGCCGGACGCGGUGGCCGAGGCGGGCAAGGCGGGCGCCAGUGCAGGCGCCGCCUCGGCUGAUGCGGGCGGCGGCGGCGGCGGCGGUGGCGGCGCUGCUGCUGCCUUCAGCGACCUGGUGUAUCCUGGAGUUGCGGCUUCCAUGGCGGACCUCCAGGCGUGGCUGCCGGGCAGGCUGCAGUCCCGCGCUCUGGAGUCACGCGACCGCUCCGGCGAGCGCCUCCUGUCCGGUGUGCAGGCAGCGUCCUGCAGGCCGCUGGGUGAGCUGCCCAAGGUGCUGCGCAAAGCGGCCGCGGCCGGCAAAGCCGAGGUGCAGGUGGUUCCCCGGCUGGACGGGCAGCUGACCGCGCUGCUGGAGAGCCUGCAGCGGCAGAGCGGCGAAGGCGUGGACGCGGCCCGCCUGACGGAGACUGAGCAGGCGGGGUUGCGCGGCUACCUGCUGCGUGCUGUACACGUGUACACACACGUGUUCAACCUGCUGCUGCUGCGGGGGCAGCGGCUGCAGGCGGCGGCGCAGCAGCGCCCCAACAUGCGGCUGCAGCUGCGCGCGCAGGAGACCGAAGCAGCUGACCGACUUCAUAGGGCGGCGACUGCCGCUCCUCCUCCUCGUCCUCCUGCUGGCGUCCUUGCUGGCACGGCAGGAGCUGGCGUCCUUGCGAGGAGCUGGCGUCCUUGCUGGCACGGUAGGCGCGGCAGGCAAGCAUCUCGCCCGACAUUAACGACGGGCAAUAUUCCGUCCGACGCCGCCGCGUCGGCAGCCUCCACCAGCACUGGCGCCUCGCCCAGUCCCUGGCCCAGCCCGUGGCCCAGCCCCGAGGCCAGCCGCACGGAGGAGGAGUUGCUGCAGCGGGCCAGGCCGCUGCUGGCACGGGCAGGGCCGCCGGAGCAGCAGCAGCGGGAGGAGGAUGCCGCCGCUGCGCUGCAGCUGCUGCAGGGCAGCGCGGCAGGGCCCACGAGCCGGCUGGAGGCGCCGGCCGUGCCCCGUGUCUUGGAGCUGCUGCAGUGGCGCGCGGGGGCAGCGGUGCCGAUGACCGCCGGGGCGCAGGAGUUCAUGGCGCGGCUGCUACAGGGGACGCGACGUGGGGAGCUGGGCCGCGCCGAGCGGCAGCGGGGAGCGGCGGCUGGGGCGGCGGCGGGCGUAGGCAUGAAGGACGCGGCCGGUGCGGGGACGCAGCCGCAGCCUCCGCAGCAACCGCAGCAGCCACAGCGGCCGCAACGUGAACGCCGCCGUAACACGAUGCGGCCAUAGCAUCUGCAGUGGCGGGCUGGGCGAGGCGGGGCAUGGAGCGUGUGGGCUGGGCAGGCACAGGAGGGAGUGAAUGGGAGCAUGGGAGCGCCGGGUGGCUAGCGGUGGAGGUGGUGGAGGUGGAAAUGGCGCGCAGGCAGGCAGGCAGCGGAAACGCGCGUGGCACAUGCACACGUCAAGGGUACAGACAAGUGGGCUGCUGUCGGUACUGCCGCUGCUGUCAGUUGCUUUGGCCGCAGAGGGCGAGGCGGAGGAGUGGAGGAGGUGGUGGAGGUGUGGCAUGACGGUGAGGCGACCACUGACUGCGGUGGCAUUUGCAGCGCCUGUGGCUGGUUUGGAAGCGGCACAUGCACGCUCUGCCGUAGUAAGUGCGUGAGACGCCAGGCAACCGGUGAACCCAAAUGUUACAUACAGCAGACUCCGGCUCGCGCCGUGCACGCACGCGCUCACUGCCGCGCUCUGCCGAGCGUGUGUGGAUGUUAUCUGCCGUCAGCAUCGGUGUGAGCACCUUGCACACGCUGUGUAGCAUUCCGCAUCUAUCAGUGGUGUCGUACGUCUAGUCCAAAUCUCUUUCAGACAGCAAGCUCAAGUACCGUAGGUUGAUCCAUGCUACCCAAGUCGUACGCACAUCAGCUUUGCUAUGUAGACCGUGCUCUCCUUCACGUCAGCAAAUCUCAGCAUACGCAUCACACGUAAGCAAACCAUGCCGCUCGCCCUCACUACAGCGAGCGCACAACCUGGUGCUUCUAGGCAGGUGUUAGUUCCGGUUUGCGGUGAUUGGCCAACAACACAUGCAGAACUGCUGUUUCCGCCUCGUUCACAUGCCAGCACGGUCGAACGCUCCAGCAUCGUGUCGCCGCCGCGCGCGACCAAGCGCCAUAUCCGGCUGUUAUCUAGAUGGAAGAGGGUCGUGGAAGCGAUAAAGUCGAAGACAGAGCCCACAGUGGCAUCGACAGGUCCCACGAACGUGACGAGUCAGAGGGGUGGUAUGGGGUAUAGGAUUGGUCCCGCCGCCGGUCACCCCUCCGUGGAUUGGAUUGGCCAGAGUAGGAUUGGACCCAGCACUUGAGGAUUGGGUUUGACUGGCCAGGGAUUGGAACACCACUUUUGAGGAUUGGGUCCUGAUACCGCUGCAAGGCUGAUACGGGUCUGUCCUUAGGGUUUCGGAUAGGGGGACCUGGAGCGCAGUGCACACUCGGCGCCCCUGGUACCCGCCCCACUCCGCCCCUCACCACCCGUGCCGCCCCCGAACCCCACCGACCCCACCGGGGCCCUUGCAAGUCAACACGGUUCGUGACGGGUUCACAAUCGGCACUAAUGCACCGGCUGAAUGCACCACUCCCCACUCCUGACUAACCACACGAUAUCCUAACGUAAGCAAGCGAAGCCCGCGCAUUUGCCGGGGCUCUCGCACAAACAAUUUGGGCAAGUCCUUGGAAACGAGCCAACUUGAAGUGGUUCAAAGCGGCAUUAAGCUGCAGUGCACGCCCAUGCUUGCUGGAGACCAAGGACAGGACUAUUAGUGCUCGCCCCAGGAAGUGAACCAUUGGCGCACUUCUCCAUUUUGGCCGGGGGUGGGGGACGUGAUGCCUAGAGGAACACAGCAGCUGCAAUGCAGAUCGCUGUAUCCAUAUCAAGGUCUGGAAAGGGAGAACAGGCAGGGAACAAAACUGCUUAGCACACGCCGACACUGACGCAAACGCUGUAGACGCCGAUAAUAAUGUCCAAAUAUUGUAUUUAUUGGUAUCGUUAGUAUUAGUGACAAUUGUCAGCUGUAAAGCGAAAGGAGCAGAAGACGUCCAGACCUGCUUCUGACACGUUCUGACCAGCUGACUCGAACGCCCGGAAGACCGCGCCCGUGCGACCAGGACCCGGGCCGCGGGGACUUUGCCGUGGGGGAGGGGGGGGGAGACUGGAGCGGAGCUUGUGCGGAGGUGGGUGCGGCGUGAAACCUAUCGUGUCAGUGACUGGAGGUUUGGCAACGAGGGAAAACGACUUGGCGCCGUGGAGGAAGGAUUGGGUUUGGGACGGCAGGGAUUAGAACCUGGUAUUGAGGGAUUGGGUUUGGGACGGCAGGGAUUGGAACCAGGCUUUCAGGGAUUGGGAUAGGAACGGCGAGGAUUGGAACCAGGCUUUCAGGGAUUGGGAUAGGAACGGCGAGGAUUGGAACCCGGACCUCAGGGAUUGGGAUUGGAGGUCGCGGCACAUAGGAUAGCAAGUCGGUCUAUCCGGGGGUGACCAGAGGAUCGGUAGGAUCGGUACCCCAUACCACCCCUCCGGACGAGUUGCCCUGAAGGAAGCCUAAUGAAGAUUUGUAGCUCUUCCGUUUGUGAACUUUGGCUGAUAGCGCGAGGAGCAAAGCUCAGGUGAACCGUUGCCAGAGCCGCCAGCACUAACACGAAUGUUAACAUUGACAGCACUACGUGCGCAGUAAGCGCUGAGGUGGGUUGGUCGGCCUGGAGCCAUACAAGCCCGCUGUGAAGCGCGCUCUGAAGGCCCCAGGCCGCCACCAACGGAACAAGGCCCGUUGGCAGACGUAUCAUGAGUGAUUCAUGAGUUCGUCAGUCAUGUUUAUGUUUACAAGAGAAUAGAGGUCAAACGAGGCAAGGGGCAAACACUUGGUGGUGGGCGACCGAUUGCACCGGUGUCACUGAUGCUCGCCUGUGCCAAUGCCUUUGCUUACUGUAUCUAGGCUUAUAGGCUUGUUGUAAGCAGUAUCGGCA